UUAGAUGUCUAUCAGUCAGACGUGAGUCAGACGUUGUCCGUCGUCGCAGUCGCAGUGGUGUCCUUUGUUUUGGCAUUUCUGGAAGCCUGCCGUCAGAAAUUAAUAACCUAUUUCCAGAACAGCCCCGGGUUCAGUGUUUUUAUUUCAUUAUUCUAUAAAUUCCGCUUUAUUCAAUGGUUAAAAGUGGAAUGGGAGAUAGGGAUUGGCGACCAUUCGUAUACGGGGGUCUUGCAAGUUGCGUGGCAGAGUUUGCACAUCUGCAAGAACGAGCCACUGAGGGCCUGAUGCGGCAAUGCCGAUAAAAGUACAUUUCCUAUUGAUACCACCAAAACUCGAUUGCAAAUCCAAGGGCAAAAGUUAGAUAAAAACCAUUCCGCGUUGAAAUACAAUGGAAUGGUCGAUUGCUUCCUGAAAAUCGCGAAGCAGGAAGGAUUCAUAUCUUUAUAUUCGGGUAUUGGCCCAGCAGUAUUACGUCAAGCAACGUAUGGAACAAUAAAGUUUGGUACUUAUUACUCCCUGAAAAGUAUUAUAUUAGAGCACAAAAAAGGCGAGGAGAGCGUUACGAUUAAUAUAGUAUGUGCUGUGUUUGCUGGAACUGUUUCCAGUGCUAUUGCCAAUCCAACAGAUGUACUUAAAGUGCGUAUGCAAGUCCAAGGCGCUACAAGCAAUGUGGGCCUAGUUGACUGCUUCAAAGAAGUUUAUACUCACGAAGGAAUCUCAGGAUUAUGGCGAGGCGUGAACCCGACUGCUCAACGAGCUGCAGUCAUUGCCGCAGUUGAAUUACCAGUAUACGACUUCUGUAAAAGUCAUCUUAUGAAUCUCCUUGGGGACAGAGCGUCAAAUCAUUUUCUAUCUAGUCUGUUUGCCAGUUUCGGAAGUGCAAUAGCGUCCACACCCAUUGACGUUGUAAGGACACGUCUAAUGAACCAAAGAAAAUUGAAGAAAGUUGGAAUUGCAGUUCCUUAUCGAAUCUAUUCGGGCACAUUCGACUGUUUUGUGCAGACAUUUAAAAACGAAGGCUUUUGGGCCUUUUACAAAGGCUUCAUACCCACUCUCACGAGAAUGGGGCCCUGGAAUAUUAUAUUCUUUGUGACCUAUGAACAGUUGAAAGCUUUUUAUUAAUAACCAAGCAUCUUUGCCACUUGACUUGAUAAAAGUUUACUUUCUAUUGCCUUAAAAGUAUUUGCACGUCUUUUGUAAACGAAAAUAUUUAUUUUUAGCUCUAAUAUCUAUGUACAAAUGUGUAUAUUACAGUUAAGAAAUAAAUCUGUGAAUUGUG